AUGGCGAUGAUGACAGCGUCAGCACCGGUUGAUAUGGCCUGUAUGGGCCGCGCACACCUGAACCGCUUGGCAGACCAAGAUCAGGACCCUACCCUUCUGACGGGUAUUACCUACCCUGGAAAGCACGACGUCAUGCUGGGACGGGGCGGCGAAUCGACGUAUCACUGUGGCAACAUUGCCUUUCGUCAAUUGGUCGAAGACCACAAGAACCAGUACUACAAUGCUCCUCGCGCACACAAGAGUCGCGUCGUGGCGGAAGUGGUCCGCAAAUGGCGUCAAUUGUCUCCUCCCGGACGCUUCUUGACACGUUCGGCUCCCUCCGAAGGCGACAAGUCGGCGUGGCACGAUGUCGGGGAUCGUCGCGCUUUAAAGAAAGCGUCGCACUCGUUGCGCGAUGCCGUUCGUUGCUUUAGCAUUGAAAAGAAACAACGAGAAAAGGAAUUGCUCGAAAUGGACAACAACGGACAACAACGCAAUAAGCGGGGACGGGACGAAGAAGAAGAACCCGAGUACAUGCCCUCCAUGGCCGUCAAAUCGCGAACCAUGAUGGGAGGUUUUGGCGGUGGCUACCAGCGUGAUAAUGGCAGAGAAUUCAUCAUGUCGUCGUCGUCGCAACCCAAAAAGCCGUCUCUGAUUAUCCUGCCCGCGGCGGAAGAACGUCCCAACAAGAUGCGCCGUGUGGUCUGUGAUGAACGCGAAGAAGCAGAAGACGACUGCCGCCGCGAAGGAGGCGAAGAAGAGGAUUGCCGCCGUGGUGGUGGCGACGAUGACGAACGUUGCAGUGGAGAAGAACGGGAUAGCUGUGCACGAGAAGACGAUGGCGGCCGUUCGGAUCGAGUUCCAUGCUCGAUUUUUGUAGAGCGCCAACCCGUGUUUAACUUUCCUUCUGCUGCUGCCCCUGCUCCCAAGCCUCUUUUUGCUGCCCCUGCUCCCAAGCCUCUUUUUGCCGAUGCUCCCGUCGUCGUGUGCCCCAAGCAAGAGCAGCGAUUGGCGGCCAAUGCGUCUCCCUGUGGCAGUGCGGGAUGGUUCACUUCUGGCAUGGCGGACAUGCCCGUGAAAGCAGCUCCGUCCUUUGUACUUCCAACCGCCGAUUUCUUGGUCAAGGAGGUCUCUCCUGCUUCCCCCACGCCGCCUCAGCUAAACCUGGGCUCACUCAGUGACGAAGACAGCAUGGGUUGGUUCUCCGAGUCGGAAGAAGACCCCACUUCCUUCUUCUCGGCCGCUCCUUCCUUUCACGUGUCUUUGCGCAAGCCUGUGGCCAGUCGAAACAACCGCACCACCACCAGUUCGGGCCGUGAGCUGUAA